AGCUCUUGCCUCGAAACGCAUGCGCACAAACUUAACUGUCGCGUUAAGAAGGAAGUUCAUGAAGAGCGUCGCCGGUCAGCCCUAAUCUGAUUGACUUGGAAGUUCGCCAAUCAAGAGGCAGCUAUCGUCUAGUUCUUUCCAUGUAUUUACAGUUUGUCGGAAAUCUGCCACAGUUAGUGGAACUAUAAUGUCGAAGCUCUGAGAAAGUAGUAUAUCCGUUUCCGGGGGGAGUGUGAUUCGGGACGUACCAGGCAUGUGCGCUGAGGAAGAGAGCGCUACUCCGAUAGCCGACCCGAGCGUUAAGGCUCACGAUUGUUCCAACGUGGGGGAAAGGAACGGGAGCGAUUAUAAUUGUUGGACACCAGAUUUCCAAAUAUAAACCUAUUGAAUAUGUCCCUAUUGAAUAUUAUCAGAUCAUCUGUUUUCCAAGUAGCGGUACAAGAUGGGAUAAAAAGGAGGUUAUCUUUAAUGAUGCCCAGCAAGGCCAUUUCUUGUAGAACAUUUGUUUUGUCUACUUGGUGGAACAAAAAUACCUCACCAGAUGCCACAGAAAAAAUAGAUUUGGAUGGAUGGAAACAGGUCAUGCGAUCAGGAUUGCAGGAAGAUGCCCAUAAAGGGGCAUUGGAGACUGAAGAAGACAAUAAAAGAUCAUUGGAGACCAAAGAAGAUAGUAAAAGAGCAUUGGAGACUGAAGAAGACUCCCAUGUAGCUGCUACUAGGGAACUUAUUGAAAUGUGGAGGCUUUUAGGUAAAAACGUUCCAGAAAAUAUCAGUGAGGAACAGUUAAAGAACUUAAUGGAAUGUCCUACUAAUUCUUCCAAAAAGAAGUAUUUACAUUUCUUGGCUGUAAAAGAAUGUGUCAAGAAAGCUGAGAAAAUAAAGCAGGAAAAAAAAAGAGAAGCAAAGAAAGAGCGAAUGGAAAACGCUAAGGAAAAUGGUGAUUAUGAGCUACCAAAUACAUUUCUCAUGAAAUUUUGGACCAAGUCGGAGGAUAAUGUGUACAACUGGAGAGCUGCUCAGUCUAUGAUCUUUGGUCAGCCUCUGGUGUUUGACAUGGACUAUGACGCUUGUAUGACAUAUACAGAACUAAAGAAUGCAGUGAAGCAACUGCAGGAAUCUGAAGGGGUCAAUCGUAGAGCAACAGACCCAUUUCACCUGCAUUACUGUAGUCUCAAGGAAGAUAGUCCAUUUCACAAGGAGUUAAUCAAACAUUAUGGAGAAGCAUGGGACAAGUUGUUUGUGACAGUGACAGAAAAGUCUCAUGUUGAAAUCUUUCCAAGAGAUCAACUUGUCUACUUAACUGCUGAUUCUCCCAAUGUGAUGAAAACUUUUGAUCAUAAUAAAAUCUAUAUAAUAGGAUCAUUAGUUGAUAAGUCUAUACAGAAAGGAGUUUCUCUUGGUCGUGCAAAACGGCUUGGCUUGGCAACAGCACGACUUCCUUUGGAUUUAUACUUGCAGUGGGAGCUAGGUAGCAAAAACCUCACUCUGAAUCAAAUGUUGUGCAUCUUACUAACUAUUAAAGAUACUGGGAACUGGGCGGAAGCUCUGCAGUUUGUUCCAAAAAGGAAACAUGCAGGUUUUGUGGACACCAUGUCGCAUGAGAUCAACACAAGAAGGAAAGCAAAAAUGUAUGAGAGACUAGCUGGACAAGAACAAUCAUGCAGACCAUUUGCAGGGAAUUCCUUGAGGUGGGAAAAACAGAAAAAAUGGUGGGAAGAUGUAUCUUAAUAGCAUAUUAGUUAUGCAUUGUUGAUUGAUACAAAUUUCCUUGUAAAUAAACAUUUAGUCCAAA